AUGACUUCCUUGAACGACCUCCUCAAGAUCGCAAAUCCAGUUCGUGCAUUUGCAUUGAAAACUUUCAGCGUUACCUCUCGCCCAGACGAGGUGCUCCAAAUCCCCUCGCGAGAAGAAGGGCGGUUUAUUCGAAUCCACGCCUACAACACGCUCAAUAGAGAUGGCCCGGUCCCGGUCCUCGUCAAUUUUCAUGGCAGCGGGUUCGUGAACCCUCUCCAUGGGAGCGAUGAUGAAUUCUGUAAAUUUAUCGUCGAGAAGACUGGGUUCGCGGUCCUGGACUGCUCCUAUCGACUUUCGCCAGAACACCAAUUCCCUGCGCCGGUCCACGACGCCGAAGAUGCAGUCCAAUGGGUUCUUUCGCACCCGGAGAAGUUCGAUGCUUCCCGACUAUCAAUUUCUGGGUUCAGCGCAGGAGGAACUCUAUCGCUCGUUCUCAGCUCGGUGGUCUUUCCGCAGGGAACAUUUCAAAAUGUCGUCGCCGCCUAUCCUCCAACAGAUAAUGUCCAGAGCUCCGCCGAAAAGAUUGCUCCGGAUACUUCGAUAGAUGCCAUUCCCGUCGAGCUGCUGGAUGCAUUCAUUAAGUGCUAUUAUCCACACCCCGAUGAUGUGAAGAAUGUUCUCGCCUCGCCAGCCUUAAUACCGGCUGAGAAGUUCUCGGAUAGAAUCCUCCUAGUGACCGCGGCUUGUGAUCGCCUCUGUCUCGAAGGGGAAGUGCUUGGGAAUAGAAUCAAAGAGACUACGGCUAAACAUGUCAAGAUGCAUCGAUAUGAGGGCUGUGAACACGCGUUUGACAAGGCAUAUGAGAAAGGGUCUGUUCAAGAAAAAGCGAAAGAUGACCUUUACGAGAAGGCAGCCUUGUUCCUGACGGAAUGA